GAAUACUCGUUCUCCAGGAGAUGUUAUGGCUUCGUCCCCCGUCGAAGCCUCUUCCAUCUCCCCCUCCCUUAGCUCCCGCUACCUCCUUUUGAAGCAUUCUCGAUCUUGCGCUCUUUGUGGAUGUGAUCUUCUUCUUCUUCUUCUUCUUUUUCUAGCUCUGCAAAACCAGCUCUGUGCUCUCUACUGUUUCUAAUGGCAGCUAUGGCUGACACUGGUGGCGGGCUUCUGACUCGUAUCCAGCCGUUUGAGAGAUCUGGCUUGGCUUUAUCUCAGCAUGUUGGAUCUCCUAUUGCCGUGGUUGGAGGUGGUUCCCGGUCAUUGAGGUUCGCCGGUGGGGUAUGCGUUGUGACAUCCGUGAAACUCACUGCAAAGAGCUUGAAGGUUAAUGCGCAGAUGGAGAAUGGGCCGGUGGUGUCGGAGAAUGCUGAUCCUUCAUAUGGGCUUCAGUCAAGUGUUGAUAAGGUAGCAUUAACUUCAAGUGCUCGGAGGAAAACAAAAAUAGUGUGCACAAUUGGUCCUUCAACUAAUACACGGGAAAUGAUAUGGAAACUAGCUGAAACAGGGAUGAAUGUAGCACGGCUGAAUAUGUCUCAUGGAGACCAUGAAUCACACCAGAAAAUAAUUAAUUUGGUCAAGGAAUACAAUGCUGUUAAUAAAGAUAAUGUUAUUGCUAUUAUGCUGGACACCAAGGGGCCUGAGGUAAGAAGUGGAGAUGUGCCCCAGCCUAUAAUGCUUAAAGAGGGACAGGAGUUCAGUUUCACAAUCAAGCGAGGAGUCAGCUCUGAAAAUACUGUUAGUGUCAAUUAUGAUGACUUCAUAAAUGAUGUGGAAGUUGGUGAUAUUCUCUUGGUUGAUGGUGGAAUGAUGUCACUUGCUGUAAGGUCAAAAUCCAGUGAUUCAGUAAAAUGUGAAGUGAUUGAUGGUGGUGAACUGAAAUCAAGGCGCCACCUAAAUGUUCGUGGCAAAAGUGCUACUUUACCGUCUAUCACAGAAAAAGACUGGGAGGAUAUCAAAUUCGGGGUGGAAAACAAGGUGGAUUUCUAUGCGGUUUCUUUUGUGAAAGAUGCUAAAGUUGUGCAUGAGUUGAAAAAUUAUCUCAAAAGUUGUGAUGCAGAUAUACAUGUGAUUGUCAAAAUAGAAAGUGCUGAUGCAGUACCAAAUCUUCACUCUAUUAUUUCUGCUUCUGAUGGGGCCAUGGUGGCUCGUGGAGAUCUUGGAGCUGAGCUACCGAUUGAGGAAGUUCCUUUAUUGCAAGAAGAUAUUAUUAGAAGAUGCCGCAGUAUGGAAAAACCGGUGAUUGUGGCAACAAAUAUGUUGGAAAGUAUGAUAGGUCAUCCAACUCCAACAAGAGCAGAAGUUUCUGACAUAGCUAUUGCAGUCCGAGAAGGUGCAGACGCCAUCAUGCUAUCUGGUGAAACUGCUCAUGGAAAGUAUCCAUUAAAAGCUGUUAAAGUAAUGCAUACUGUAGCACUGAGGACUGAAUCAACACUAUUAAGCAACAUCAUCCAGCCUAUUCUAACUCCUCUUGUUCAGAGGGCUGUUCAAGGACGUAUUAGUGCAAUGUUUGCUUCACAUACAACCACCAUUGCCAAUACAAUUCGGACACCUAUUAUUGUUUUCACAAGAACCGGUUCUAUGGCUAUACUUAUAAGCCACUACCGUCCGUCUGCUACCAUCUUCGCCCUUACAGAUCAAGAGAGAAUUAAGCAGAGACUGGCACUUUAUCAUGGAGUGCAUCCGAUGUACAUGCAGUUUUCUGAUGAUGCAGAAGAGACAUUCUCGAGGGCAAUCAAGUGUUUGGUGGAUGGAAAUUUUCUGAAGCAAGGGCAAUAUGUCACUCUUGUUAAGAGUGGAAUACAUUCAAUAUGGAGGCAAGAGUCCACACAUGAUAUUCAAGUUCGAAUGGUCUAAACUCUAAAAUUAUGUGAAUAAAACCCUGCAUUCAGUAUUUCUCUCCUGAAUUUCUCUCCACCUCUGAUUUUGUAGUAAUUUGUGUUGUUAUGGUAAUAUUACUUGUUUGAAAUGAAAUAUAUUUAAAGCUUUCA